UUUUUGUGCUUUGUGUUUGUUAGCUCUCGCAGUGUACCACAUACAAGUUAUAUAUCCUUACCAUACUAAAGAAAAUGUCUCACGCAAAGUCUUCUAGGAAAGAAAUGGAGCUUCUAGUCAUCUUCCCUGUUCUGUGCAUUUGCCUUUCUAUGCUUUUAUCAUCUUGUGUUGGUACCCAAGUUCAAGAACAAGCCAUGGCCAGUAGAGUUGAUAAAGUCGAGCUUUCUCUCCCUGCUGCUGCGCUUCCAAGGAAGCUUAGAAUAAUACUACUUCUUGAUGAGAAAGCAGCACCUGUUAAUGAUCAUGGAGGUCAAGGUUCCGCUUCAAGCAAUAAAAUGGAGAGAGGAGAUAUAUCAGGAAAAUCACGCCACAAGGAAGAAAAUGUGAUGAAAAGAAGCAGAGGGACAAGGCAAGAAUGGGUGGAGGGAACCGACGACACAUCGCAAUAUUUUACGAUGGAUUAUUCCCACGUUAGAAGAAGAAGUCCCAUACAUAACAAAGCAUUGCCGGUUGGUCCAUGAAACAAUAUGCAUGGAUUUUAAUUAAUUUUCCGACUAUAUAUCGAUCCAAACAAACCUUUCUUUAUCGAUCCAAACAAACCUUUCUUUGACACAGUUUUGCCUUAAACUACGUUCAUGUUAUUGUAAUUGGGAAAAUGGGGGGACCUUUUCUGUGAUUUAUGCACGUUAAGGCCAACAUUAUGGAGCAAAACCCUAAGAUUUUGGAUCAGUUUACUAAAUGUACGUGUGAGUUUAUAUAUAUAAUAUGUAACCUUUCUCUAUUAUCAUUACGUGGAGAUUAUUCA